GCCAGUACCAGCUACAUACAGAGUCUGUCUGGGCUCAAUGUUAGCAUGGACAUCUCCACUUUUGUUGGUUUGGAUUCAACUGUCUUCCAGAAUCUUACUGUGAGUGAAGUGUCUGGACUCCUCGGCUCCAACCGAAAUGACCUGAAAACCUUUGAGAAUAACACUGUAGUGAAGAACUGGGUCUCAAAGCAGUUACAGUCUGAGCUUGACAAGCUGGGUAUUGGUGUGACCGGAGGAAGGGUGGUACCAACGAAUGGAACAGAUUCAAACACCACCACCAUCACACCAGCAGUGACGAUGACAACAACUACUGCCACCACCAUCAUCAAAACAACUUCCGGCCAGAGCAGAGGCACAUAUCCAGCUCCUCUGCUUUUCCUGUUUGGUCUCUUGUUCAUUGCAGUGCAAAUGUAGAUUCUAACAUUGCAAUAGAAGCAUUAUAAUUUAGACCAGGUUACAUAAUUAACAUAUCACGUCAUAAUAUUCUAUCUAUUUUUGUAAUCUAUUUUUAAAGAAGACAUUAAAGCUGACAUUAUCUUUGACAGCCAUUAUCUUUGACUAGCCGGUGC